UGGUUGGGGGGCAGCCCACUACCAGAUUCGUCUCGUCGCAACAACAGUGCUAUACAUAGUCAGAAUCACAGCCGUUCCAACGUCAACGGCAUGGCAGGGCCCGCAGAACUCUCGGUCCAUGGCAUCUGGAUGUUCGCCAGCUUCCAUAUGAUCUCUUCCUUCGGGAGACUGAGCCGGAAGUUGUCGAGCAGAACACAGAUCAUCACUUCUGCAAUCGGUGGAUCAGCGAGUGCGCUCGGAUCUGCGUGCUGCCACCUACUCAUUUCCAACUGUGCGAACUUGAUGCCGAUGCAGGCGCGCCCGCCGCCGAGGAAACUCAUCGUGCCGGCGUAGAUGCUCGGCAGAUGCGCGUUGGCGGCGCUCUUGGGCACACCGUUUGCCCACCGAUCGGG